AUGGGAAAGGUUGUGGUGCCACCAUCGGCGGGUUCGAGCCAGCGGUUUUUUGUUACGCCUUUUUUUUUGAGGCACGCGAUUCAACCACAACGCCGGCGAAGUUUCUUUGAGCGGCUGGCCCUUUUGCCCUUUACGAGCAACCCCCCUCCAUCCAAGAUUGCCAUAGCAGUAACGGCGGCGCCCCCCCGGAUGCCACGAGCCGCGGCGGUUCUUAACCUACGGCUAUGCCAUUUUUGUUUCCUUAUAAGGGGGGGCCGGCGUCGCUUCGCGGGUUUGCGUGGCGGUUUGGUGGGUGCCAAAACGCCCGCUGUGCUGCGGCCCUCUAGCAUUCGCUUGGCGCGGGGGUUGUUUGAAACCUUUUUGAAAAGCGCCCCGCGCAGCGCAGAGCCUAUUAAUUUUUGCCCCCGGCAGCUUUGCCCAUUGCGGGCGCGCUGCUGUCUUGAUGGUGGCGGUGUUUUUGCCGUCUUCUGGUGGGGUGUUUGUUGUGGGUGGGCGCCGGCGGUGCGCCCCACCGCUCGUCAUGGGGGCCGGGGCGCGCGCUGUGCUUUCGCCUUUCUCUGGCUGCACCCCCCUUUUCCCAUUGUAUUUUGUGGAUUUUGGUGGAUAACAACUCUUUGCGAGAAACUGCUUCGAAGGGGUCGGUAA